AGUUGAAUACAUAUAUUGUACCUAAUUACAUAUAUUAUUUUAUGGAGAACAUAUUAGUUGAUUUUUUAACUCCACUUAGAUUUCGUACAAAGAUAAAACUAACUCCUUAGUCAAUAAGAAUAACAAAACCAUAAAAAUAAAAUAUUUCCAGUGAGAAAUCUAAUUUUAGAUAUAUAUUACACCGAUUAUUUUAAUUGUUGGUCUCCAUAGUUUUAAGCGGUAAGUAAUUAAAAUGUUGUUUGCCUUGAGGUCGUGAAUACAAAAUAAAAGUUAAAAUUAAUAGAAAUAAAAAAACAACUAAUUGGUCACGUAUAAAGGCAAAACUUACGCACAUUUUAUAAUCUAUCUAUAAAAUAGAUAGAUCAUAAAAACAGUAACCGCUAAUAAAAUAAAUAAUUCCCUAUAACUAACUACCAUUGUUUCCGCCUUCUCUAACCGUUUGCUAAUGGAAUAAUUGGCUUUUGUGUUUAACUCUGGUACAUUUUAUCAGUUCAAGCCCUCAGUUACUUUGAUUGAAAUGUGAGUUCGUAAUUCAAGAUCAAAUUUAUUUUACAAUCACUUAGUUUAUUUAUAUUUUUGUUGUUGAAAUUAUGUGAAUUAAAGCAUAUAUACUUUGAUGAUGUUGUGGUGUCUUUAUUAUUUAAUAAAGAUGAACACUAUCCAAGUUGCUGUCGGUAAUCUUGGAUUUGUGUCGCAAGAAAAACACAACCACCUCAUUUUCUUUCUUCACCACUUGGAUUGUCGGUGAAUGUCAUCCCUCUCCCUAGGACCUUCCUGAUUCCAAGAGCAAAACCUUCAUAUCUGACUUACAGUGUGUCCCUGUUUUAAAAUCUCGAAAACCUCUCCACGAUUGUUUAGCUGGUGAAAAACGAAUAAUGGACAAUAAUGAGUGUAUGAUGUUAGGGGAGUGAUGAUUACCAUGGAUUCUAUACGAAGUGGCAAUAGCAUCAUGGAACAUGGUUGCAGCAAUUAAGUGCUCACAUUUAUUCUUGAACAAUAUGGAACCAAAUCCAAGACCGCCAGGUAGGCCUCGUAGAGGGCAGAAUAAUGAUGAACGUUGGGAACAAAUGAUGCAACAACAACAACUUAUGAUGCAACAACAACAAGUUGUUACGACUAGCAUAAUGAAUUAUCUUGCGCAAUCAGUCGAGCCUGCUCAUCCACCGCCACCACCUCCACCAGAGGCCUCAAACAUAUUAUUUUAUGACUUUCACAAGUUGAAACCCCCAGCUUUCCUAAGGAGCCCGGUGCCAUUGGAAGCUCAAUCAUGGUUGGAUGAAAUGACUAAAUUUUUUCUUGUGGUGCGAUGUACGGAAGAAGAUAAAGUAGCUUUUGCUACUCAUAUGCUACAAGGAGAAGCUGAGAACUGAUGGAAGGGUGCAAAGGCAUACAUGAUAAAGUGCGGGUACACCGAUGAACUGGGAGAAUUUUUGUACUGUGUUUCCAGAUAAAUAUAUUCCCAUGAGUAUAAUAAAACAAAAGGAAUUUGAAUUUACACACCUUCAACAAGGAGACAUGUCAGUUGCUGAUUAUGUGGCAAAGUUCGAGGAACUAGCAAGGUUUUGUGCCCAAGCAGAGUACGCCCCAAAUGAUCGAUGGAAGGUAAAUCAGUUCGAGUGGGGUUUGAAUCAAGAGAUUAAAAGUAAUUUGGCCCAACUAGAGAUAACUUCUUAUGCCACUUUGGUUCAUAAAAGUUACAUUGUAGAAGAAAGUCUACGAAGUUUAAAGGAGAACAGACAACUCAAGUGGCAAUAAAGGAGGGAUGCGCCAAAGAGUAAUCAACAAUUGAAGGUUAAGACGUCCCCUAAUAAAGGAAAACAACCCCAAAACUCAGUUGUACCUCAAGCGAGGGGGCUAAGGGAAUGUCCUAAGUGUGGAAGAUCACAUCUAGGAGAAUGCUUGUACGGUAAGAAUGUAAGACCCAUAAUUUUAAAGUACCAUUUAUGUAUUUUUGGUGUAUUUUGGAUUUUGGC